GCGUAUGCGGACGUGUACGGCACCUUUGCACGGAUUCGCCUCAGGGCCCCGGAAGACUGGCAGGGUGUGGACGGUGAGCCCUUGAACUUUGACGGUGGCACCAUCCGCAUCGACAGGGCAAGGCCUUUCCAGCGGGCAGUGCCUCUGCUGCUGUUCGCGGUCUGCAUCGCAGGCCUCUCACAUCUGCAGGCAUUCAGCAUCCCAGAGCUCGUUCGGCAAUCUGCACAGAAAGCACAGAAGACACCGAGCGAGUUCUUGGAGAGCAUCGAAGAGCGUGCCAAUGAGUGGCAGCGAGGUGCGGAAGUGGCAGGCCGUAAGGAUUUCACGAUGUUCUUGGAGAAGGUGAUGAACAAGCCAGGGCUCCACAUGGUGAUUGGAGGCAAGAGCCUCGGGAAAAGCAAAGUCCUCGAGCGUAUGUCCACUGCGAAGUUUCAACAACAAGAUCCAUUGCUCUUGGUGGACAUGCGGAUUCCUCGGUCCACGGAUGUCUUGGAGUGCCUGCAGGAGGUAGCCAAGAGCAGGUGGACCGAGGACACCAUGCCUGACUGGCUUCAGCCUGUUAUGGGAGAGUUCCUUCCGGUGCUGAGCAAGGCAGAAGCGAGGGAAAGCGACCAGGGCUUGAAGGUGGUUGCAGCAGCUGCCGCAACAGUCGCGGCAACAAUGGGUGCAAAGAAACCCAGCCAGUUCGUCGAGGAGUUCGUCGCAGCUGCCAGUGCUGAUGGCCUGACUCCCGUCAUCAUCAUCGACGAAGCUAGCAUAGCCUUUCCUGACGGCAAUGGUGGCAACGGGAAUGGUAAGAAGGCUGCAGCAGAAGCUGCCCUCGCCCUCUUCGUGGCUAUCAGCAAGCAGCAGAGGAAGGCUUGCGUGGUCCUGGUGGCCUCCGAGUACGCCUUCCCUUACCGGAUUGAGCAGCUGGGUAGGGGCAAGUACGACUCGCUAAACAUCAUCGUGGCACCCGAAGUUGAGGAGGUAGCCAUGAUCAAGAUGCUGACGACGAAGUGGGGCAUGCCAGAGGACCUUGCCGAGGCGUUCUACGACAACUUUGGUGGCGACAUCUUCUUGUGCAGCCAGGCACUCUCGAAGCUCACCCUGGAGUUCAGCCUGGGUGAUGAAGUGGACUUCGACUCAUACUACAUGUGGGACAACUUCGGCCUCGACGACUUGGUGAUACACAACCUCACCCGUCCGCACAUGGAGAACAUGGCAACGCAAGGUUGGUCGCCCAUUGAAGGAGGCGAUCCCGAGACUGAGACACCGAGCCAGUCGGCAGCCAGGAACAUCGUCAAGAUGAACUUCGGCGCGGUCAUUGGGAGAAAAACCAGGUUGUUCGGCCCUCUUGGAAGUCUCAAGAAGCAGAUGUUCGAGGACGUCACCACUCAGCAGGUGUUGAUCCCCACCACGCAAUACAUGCGGAAGUGCAUCCAGAAGAUGGUUGAGGCAGUCAAGCAGAAGGAAGAGGGGGCGUCCCGGCAGGAGUCCUAUUGA